GUAAAUUAUUUUAUCUUGUUGUUCAUUGCCAUUCUAGAUGAGGAUAUACGAAUCUUGAUCUCGUCUGGCUUCACUUCAUCUCGCAAAGUCGAUUCACAGAUCGUCCCCGGACAAGACAUUCAGACCCACCGACACAGAGUGCGCUGGGCUGGUUCAUCUGAUCGAGCCCGCCUCGACCGCUUUCUGAACCUGCUCAGUCAAGCCUGCGCCUGCUUUCUCUUUUUCUUCAUCAAAUCCAUCACUUACAAACACCCAAGUCAGCUCCCGGAUUUCCUUUGACGAGCAGCUUCUCGCGACUUCAACCGCGAUUUGCACCCAGCAGCUUUCCCCGCCAGCAUAGCCGCAACCACAAUGUCCACGCCGCCAAAGGAUGUCCACACCUCCGACACUGAAGGAGGUGAGAGACCUCUCAGGGAAAGAUUGAGAAAUGCCAGCAUCAAGAGCGCAAAGCAGCCCACCGACACGCUCGCGACCACCGAGCCCGAACCUGAGAAGGCCCGAGCCAAAUUGCAAAGAAAGAGAAGCCAUGAGGAUGUUGAGAGUGUAGAGGACGAGCCUGCACACAAGAGCAGACAGGCUCGUAAGAACAAGAGAUCAAGGGAAAACUCGCCCGACGAAAAGGUCGCUGAACAAUCCGGCAAGCGCAAGUCGAGCGAGCUCGAAAGAGACGAUGAGCCUGUGGCAGUGGAGAUCUCUCAACCUUCCGUACCAUCCACCUCGACUGUCACUUCAAUUGAAACCGACAACUUGACCAAGUCUGACGAGAGCCCGAAAUCGAAGCGCAGCAGGGUAGAUGACAAGACCACUGCCGACACAGCCUCCUCAGCAACAUCCGACGCAAAGGCAACCAUCGAGCCCGAAGGAAAGACUGGACAAGAACAGACCAAACCUGCCAUCAAGAUACCCGCAGGAAGUGGAUUUGCAAACACUUCUGCAGCAUCCCCAUUCGCAUCUCUGGCCACUAGUAAAUCUCCCUCUGAGCAGCCUCAACCUACGACCAGUGCUUUUGCCUCAUCUGCAUUCGGCGCGCUUGCGGGCUCUUCCACAUCAGCUUUCGGCGCAUUGGGUCAGAAUAAGACUCUGUCCAGUUUCGCCAGCCCAGGCACUACCCCUGCACCUGGCGAGGACGCCGCAAAGCCUGCCCCGAAACCGAGUGCUUUCGGUGGUCUCGCAGCAGGAGCAUCACCUUUCGCUACUGCCGGAUCUUCAGGUUUCGGAUCUGGCGCCUCCGGCUUUGGAAAGCUUGGUAAUGGCUUUGGCGGUGGAUUCGGAAGUCUAGGUGGAUCGAAAUUGACCAACUUCGCGAGCAGUGGUACUCCUGGUGUCAUCGGAUCAAGCACAAAGACAGGAAUUACAGCAUUUGGCGCACCUGCUGAGGACGGGGAGGAACAAUCUGGUGACGAAGAAGACAACGAGGCUGGAGUUAAGAGCCCCAAGCUCAUCGUCGAUGAGGACAAGAAGGACGAACGCUUUUUCGAGCAAGAGAUCGAAACCGGCGAAGAAGGCGAAACCACUGAAUACACAUGCCGCGCUAAAUUAUACAACUUUGUCGACAAAAAGGAGUGGAAGGAGCGCGGACUCGGUGUUCUUCGUCUCAACGUGACCGAACCACAAUCUGACGACGGAGAUUCCACAUUGAAGGCUAGACUUGUCAUGCGUGCCGAUGGUUCGCACCGCGUCAUUCUCAACACGCCCAUUCAAAAGGGCUUGAAAUUCGGCGAUGUACACGGUGCAAGACCUACUGGUGGUUACAUGAGUUUCAUGGGUUCUCUUGACGGCAAACCGACGCUUGAAUUCCUCCAGCUGAAGUUGAGACAACAAUUCGCCAUGGAACUGUGGGAUCACAUUGCAGAGUUGCAAAAGCAGAUGUAGAGAACGAUAGUCAACGACAGGAACGAUUUCUUACUGCGUAGAGUCAGGUGCAUGCUUUUAGCAUUGGUGCGCAGUUCAGCAUAGGCUCAGAAAGUUGGAUGGUGGGUUGUCUUUAGCAGCGAACACAUUACGGCUGCGGCUACCUUGAGCAUACGAAAUCAAAAUUGAGCUAUUAUGAGAAGACGUUUCAAUAGCGGGCUUGUUAGUGAUGAUGUGUACUGAAGGUUUACUACAGUGUUUUAUCUGCUCGGUCAGGGGAAGCAAGCUACUGGGUGUCAUUGUGUGGUGGAAAGCAGUGGCGAAGGCGUCGUGAGUUCCACUCUCGUCUUUGUAUUCGCGUCCUGACACACACAUUCAUGCUACAACUUUGACAUUUCUUUUUGAAAAUCACAAUGCUUAGUAUUGACA